AAAUCUUCCCCGAGACGCUCUCUCUGCAAAUCCCAAGUCUGUGUUCAAUCCUAUCUUCAAUUUCUCCACACUGAAACUCUAAUUUCACACAGAGCAAAGAAAGAGAUGAUGGAGUCGGGUCUUCCUUCGAAGACGUUCUCAGGUGUUCGAUUCGCACUCGUCGGAUUCAAUCCCACCGAUGGGAACACGAUACGAUCCAAGCUUAUGAGUGGUGGUGGUGUUGAUGUUGGCCAAUACAGUCAAGAGUAUACUCACCUCAUUGUGGACAAGCUUGUUUAUGAUGAUCCGGUUUGUGUUGCUGCUCGAAGCAGUGGGAAAGUGGUUGUCACUGGUUCGUGGGUUCAUCACAGCUUCGACGCUGGAAUGCUUAUUGAUGCACAUUCGGUUCUGUAUAGGCCUCUUAGAGAUUUGAAUGGGAUUCCGGGUUCCAAAAGCUUAAUUGUGUGCUUGACUGGGUACCAACGUCAAGAUAGGGAAGACAUCAUGACAAUGGUUGAGUUGAUGGGUGGACAGUUCUCGAAGCCCUUGGUUGCUAACCGAGUAACCCAUCUUAUAUGCUACAAGUUUGAGGGAGAAAAGUAUGAGCUAGCUAAGCGGAUGAAGAGGAUUAACCUAGUGAACCACCGGUGGUUAGAGGACUGCUUAAAGAAUUGGAAGCUCCUUCCUGAGGUUGACUACGAGAUAAGUGGCUAUGAGCUGGAGAUGAUGGAGGCUUCAGCUCGAGAUUCUGAGGACGAAGCUGAAAAUGCCUCUGCGAAGCGUGCAAACACCAGUCCUCUUGGUCUUAGGGUCGGCGCUGUUGCUGCAGUUGAAAUAUCGAAGUCUAGAGGAAAAGAUAUCCCGGUUGUUCAGUCAAAUUUAGACGAACCGGGUGGUUCAUCACGAUGCAGUACGUUCAAAGAGGAUUGGUUAACUCCGAAGAAGAUGGAAGCCACGGUCUCUACUGAUCCAGUUACUGCUCAGCAGAGCGCAGGCACAUUUCAGAAUGCUUCUAGUUAUGCGUCCCCUGUUCCAGCCAACAAGACUUCUGAGAGAGGGAUGGGCGAAAUGGAGACUGAUGACUCAACACCUGUUAACAUGAGUAUCAGAAGGCAUUCUUCUCUAGCCACUUAUUCAAGGAAAACGCUUCAGAGAACGCCAGAAACAAGUACCUUGGGAAACGAGUCAAGUUGCCAAAACGAUACCUUAAGAAUGGAUGACAGGGCCCUAAAAGCUUCGACUGCCUUUAAUAUCUCUGCAUCAAAGUCAGGUUCUUCCGUGGAAAAAACGACACUCUUUGAGGAUCUUAAUAAGACUGAUAAGUUGCACAGCGAGAAGUCCACUCCGUUGUUGCCUCAGGUGAAACUUACAGAUGGUUCUGUCAGUAGCAAAGGUUCACCACCUGCUAUGUCAACUGCGGAGAAUACCAUCUCGAAAUGUGCACCGGAUGAAAUACGGGAGAGAUCAUCGGUUGAGCCAAUGGUGGGGAAUAGCUUGUUGCAGGAACCAAGAUCAGGCUCACCAAAACAAAACGUUUGGGUUGUGCCAAACAUCAAUGACAACACUGGAGUUAAGGAAGUUGCACACAAGUUGGAUGCGAGUGACUCAGCAACUAGGCUAUGCAGUUCAAGUGUUGUGUUAAAGGAAGCUGAUACUUGGACUGCAGAGAUUUUGAAGGGUGCAUUAGAUGAAAGAUCCGUAACGGAGCCUGUGAUGAUGAGAUCUAGCACCUCUCCUGUAGAAACAGAGCCGCCUAAGAAGAAAACAGCUCCAAGAAAGAGUCUAGGCACCAGAGGCAGGAAAAAGAACCCCAUAAGCCAAAAGGGAUCUAUUUACUUGAGCGAACCUACCCCAAAGGACGAGCACACUGAUGGUCUAAUCAAAGGAAACGUUUCGGAGCUGGCGACAGAUAAUGGCAAUCAGAAAGAGAUAUCAAGUUCAGUCCUAAAUGCUGAGGCUGUACCAGAAAUAGCGAAAGGUAGUGUCUCAGAGACUGAAGCCCUUGAGAGAAUUGACUCUGAUAAGCAGCAGGCUAAGACCCCGGAGGAAGCUGGUGCAGAGGUGGAAAUUAAAAUGCUAGAAUCAGAGCUUGCUGAUGUUCAAACUACAGAUCCAAGUGGUGGUGCAUUACAGUUAGAGAUCAGUAAGAGUAAAAGUAAACGCACGAGGGAGGCUAAUGUAGGUAACAACAGCCUUCAAAGUGGGAAGAAAGGAAGUUCGUCUAGGGCUGAAGUAGCAGAUUCUGGUGUCAAGAAGACCAAAAAAUCUAGAAAAGAAGAUGAUGCCAAAGCAAACGGUACUGUGAUGGAAGAUAUUACAGUAUUGGAAAAUAAACUUGGGAAGGUCAGUUCUGGUGGAGACCAAAGCCCAGCUGCUGGAGAAACAUUAGUAAGUACUGAAGCUGAAACUAAUGAUCAAAGCGAUGCUGCAGUGCAAUCAGGGGUUGAUAAGGAUAGUGGUAAACUCAGAAAGAAGGCCACUGUUGGAAAAACCACGCUUCAAAGUGGGAAGAAAAGAAGUUCGUCUGCAGUCGAAGUUGAAAAGGCUAGUGUCAAAAAGACAAAAAAAUCUAAAGCUGAUGAUGAGACUGAAGCAAACGAUACUGUGAUGAAUGAUAUAGAGAUUGACUCUGCAGAAGUGAAAGAGGAUGCAGCAGUGGAUAAGAAACCUGAGGAUGUCAGUUCUGAUGGAGCCCAAAGCCCAGUUGCGAGGAAACCAUUAACUAGAAAGGAGACAGCAGCGAAGGAUCUAAGUAAUGCUGCAAUGCAAUUGGAGGUUCCUAAGAAUAAACGUAAAAACAGAAAGGAGCCUGCUGUAGAAAGAAGUGGCCUUCACAGUGGAGAGAAAGAAAGUUCUUCUACAGUUGAAGUAGGAACAUCAAGUGUCAAGAAGUCUAAAAAAUCUAAAAAGGAACGUGGGGCUAAAGCAUCCGACACUGUGAUGAAAGACGUAGAGGAGGACAACUCUGCAGAAGAGAAGGAGAGCACUGCACUGGAUAACAAAUCUGGACCCGGUAGAGACAAAAGCCCAAAAAAGAAAGCUGCAAAGACUGCUAAAACGGGUACAAAGGCAGUUAAAGAGUCUAAGCAGCUUAGUUCUAGUAAAAAAGCUUUACAGGAACCCAAGCAUUUUAUAGUCAGUGGUCCUAAGGUCCAGAGAAAGGAGUAUCAGAAGAUCCUUAGGCUUUUAAAUGGCAAAUGUUGCAGGGAUUCUCAUCAGUGGUCUUAUCAAGCUACACACUUCAUUGCUCCUGAAAUCCGUAGGACUGAAAAGUUCUUCGCUGCUGCUGCUUCUGGAAGUUGGAUUCUGAAGACUGAUUAUGUGGCUGAUUCAAAGGAAGCUGGAAAACUACUACCAGAGGAGCCUUAUGAAUGGCACGGUACUGGUCUUAGUGCUGAUGGUUCGAUAAGCCUCGAGUCCCCAAGGAAAUGGCGGCUCGUCAAGGAGCAAACAGGACAUGGUGCUUUACAUGGUCUGCGCAUUGUUGUAUAUGGCGACUGUGCCAUCCCUUCAUUGGACACGUUGAAGCGAGCUGUGAAAGCUGGGGAUGGUACCAUACUAGCAACUGCACCGCCUUACACGCGUUUCUUGAAUCAGAACACUGAUUUUGCGUUGAUAAGCCCUGGGAUGCCGCGUGAUGACCUCUGGGUACAGGAGUUCAUACGCCAUGAGAUCCCUUGUGUAGUCGCGGAUUACAUUGUGGAGUACGUUUGCAAACCUGGGUAUGCACUUGACAAGCACGUGCUCUACAAUACAAACGCAUGGGCAGAAAGGUCAUUUAAUAAGCUCCAGCUUAGUGCUGAAGACUGAAGAGGAAGUACGGUUGUCGCAUGUUGCUUGUGAGCUAUGAUAACCUUUGUAACCCAAAUCAUUUCUCCAUGCCUUGUUUAAGUUUUUCUGAUAUGUAAUAAAUAUAUCAAACGAAUCAACAUCUUCAGUGUAUACGUUUUAACGGAAAAGGGCAU